AUGCGAACGUACCUCGCGCGCGUGGGCUAUUCCGUCGCCGACCUCGACAGCCUCAACGUGAUUCACGUCGCGGGGACAAAGGGCAAGGGAAGCACCUGCGCUUUCACAGACUCCAUCCUCGCGCGGCACCGCGCCGCGUCGCCGCGCGGGGUACCGCGGAAAGUCGGGCUGUUGAUUUCGCCGCAUUUGAUUGCGGUGCGGGAGAGGAUACGGAUUAACGGGGUGCCCAUCUCGGAGGAGCUGUUUGCGAGGUACUUUUUCGAGGUAUGGGAGAGGUUGGGGGAGGGGAAUAAAGUGCUGGAGGAGGAGGUUGCGGUGGGGACGAGGCCGAUUUAUUCGCGGUAUUUGACGCUUGUGAGCUUUCAUGCUUUUUUGAGCGAGGGGUGUGAUGUUGCGAUAUUGGAGACGGGGAUUGGAGGGGAGUAUGAUGCUACGAAUCUUGUUGGUAGACCUGUGGCGACGGGGAUUACGACGUUGGGGAUCGAUCAUGUUUUUGCGCUGGGGGAUACGGUGGAGAAGAUUGCGUGGCAUAAGGGGGGGAUUAUGAAGAAGGGGAGUAAGGGGUUUACGGUUGAGCAGGUUGCUGGGGCGGCGGGUGUGUUGGAGGAGAGGGCUAGGGAGAAGGGGGUCGAGAUGGAGGUUGUUGGGGUGGACAAGAGGCUUGAGGGGGUCAAGAUUCGGCCUGAUGCGGUUUUCCAGAAGAGGAAUGCGAGUUUGGCUGUGAGGCUUGCUGAGACUGCGCUGGAGAGGGUUGAUGAUGGAUUCAAGAGGGAUCCGGAGAGGUUGCCGAGGGCGUUUGUGGAGGGGUUGGAGGGGGUUGUUUGGAGGGGGCGGUGUGAAGUCAAGGACGAGGAGGCGGAGGCCGGUGUUAUGUGGUAUGUUGACGGGGCGCAUACGACGGAUAGUUUGCGGAUGGCGGCGAGGUGGUAUGUGGAUGAGAGUAGCAGCAGAGGGAAGAAGGGGCCGAGGGCGUUGGUGUUUAAUCAGCAGGGUCGGACGGAGGCGAUUGACUUCUUGGAUGGCAUGUAUGAGGCUAUUACGAGGGAGAAUGGGCGGGCGUUUGAGAGUGUGGUGUUUUGUACAAAUGUUACUUAUGCCCAGACUGGGUAUAAGCGAGACUUCGUCAACCACCAGUACGACGCCAAAGCCAUCGAGGCCAUGACGGUGCAGAGGCAGUUUGCAGAGCGCUGGUCCAAGCUGGAUCCCCACGCCGACGUGCGCGUGAUACCGACUAUCGAAGAAGCGUUGAACCAUGUCCGGAGCGUCGGUGAGGGUCUGCCCGAAGGCGAAAGCGUGCAGGCUCUUGUCACGGGGAGCUUACAUCUUGUUGGCGGCGCGCUGGGGAUCUUGGAGGGCGCAGAUGCGUUGUAG